CCACUCCUAGGUACUUACCCAAUAAAAUUCAAAACAUGCCCACACAAAAACUUGUAUGUAAAUGUUCAUAGUCACAUUAUUCAUAUUAGCCAAAAUAAUGGAAGCAACUCAAAUGUUCAUCAACUGAGGAAUGGUUAAAUAAAAGGUGGUAUAUCCUUACAAUGGAAUAUUAUUCAGUCAUAAAAAGGAAUGAAGUACUCAUCCGUGCUAACAUGUACCAACCCUGAAAACAUCAUGCAAAGUAAAAAAAAGCCAGACACAAAAGGCCACAUAUUUAUAGGAAACGACCACAAUAAGCAAAUAUACAGAAACAGAAAGAAGACUUGGGUUGCCAGUAACUAAGGGCUAGGGAUGUGGAGGAAGGGAAGGGAGAAAUGAUGAAAUAGCAGGACCUCAUUGCCUAGUUUGUUAUUUCUCAAAAGCCAAAAUAGAAGAAGAGCUCCAGGCCAUAUUGUGGGUCCAGGCUUGGCUUGAAACAGGCACUUCUGAAGUUGUGGCCUUGGACAUUGUAAAUGCAAACAGAGGCCACUACUCUAAUGUUUACUUGCUUAAUCUGGAUACAAGUUCUCAUUUUUCCAGACUCUUCCUUAUGCCUUCUAAAUCACACUCAGCGUCUCAAUCUCAGAUCCUCACAUCACAUCCAUUGUCAUCCUCAUUCCCUUAUUAUACCCAUUUUAAAGAUGAAGAAACAGGGUCUCAGAGAAGUUAAGUCACAAAGCACAGGGAGUUCCACUGGAGAUGGCAAGUUUCUCUGGCUCCUGGCUCUCUGGCUGCCUCAUCACACUCAUCUUCCUUCAGCUGCCAGCUCCAGGUUCAGGGGAUGCCAGAAAGUUCCACCUGGUUCCGCUAGGGGGCACAGCCGAGCUGCUCUGCCCCCUCCCCCUCUGGCCAGGCAUGGAGCCCACGGAGGUGAGGUGGCUGCGGUCCCCACACCCCCAGCUCUCCCAGGCUGUUCAUGUGUUCCGGAAUGGGAAAGACUGGGAUGACGGUCAGAUGCCAGAAUACAAGGGGAGGACGGUGCUGGUGAGAGACACCCAAGAGGGAAAUGUCACUCUGAAGAUCCUCAAUGUCCGGCUUGAGGACCAAGGGCAGUACCGCUGUCAAAUCCAGAUCGGCAAUCUGAGUAAAGAGGGCAGCGUCACCCUGCAGGUUGCAGUAUUAGGUUCUGAUCCUGACAUCCACGUGGAGGGCUAUGACGCUGGUUGGAUCAAAGUAGUGUGCAGAUCCGUGGGAUGGUUCCCAAAGCCCUCUGCCGAGUGGAGAGACCCUCAAGGCACAGUGCUUCCAUCCCUGUCAGAGGUCCAGGCUCUGGAUGAAGCUGAACUCUUCCAAACAAUGGUGUCCAGCAGAGUGAGGGACAGCACUCUGGGGAAUGUGUUUUGCAUCAUCCACAACUCGGGCCUUGGUCAAGAGAAGACAGCAGUCAUGGUCAUUGCAGAGAAGCUUCUUUAUGAACAGGUGUGA